AAUAAAUCCGCCUCGGAUCUGCCCAAAUCGUCCCUAUGUUCGCUCGCCGUCUUCCCCGGCUCCCAUUUUCGCGAGGAGAGGAAAGGAAAAGGAAUCAGGGAGGCGCCGCCGUCUUCCCCGGCUUCCAUUUUCGCGAGGAGAGGAAAGGAAAAGGAAACAGGGAGGCGCCGCCGCCUUCGCUUCCAAGGAGUUGUGGAAUUGCGAAAUGGAAUUUUGUGGGCGGGGCUCUGUUGAAAUUAUUCAAAGCCACAUCAUUCAUUCUUCGAUGGAGGAUAAGAAAUAAUUCUAGCAAAAGAAUUUCUGGAGAAGAUAUCCACCUCUGUGUUUUUGUGCUGCAUUUUGGUAUGGAGGAAGCUUCCGGUAGAUCCACCAACCCAGUUGGGUUUCUUAGACGAGGAUCUGGCAUCUCCUUGAGAAAUCAAAGCGAUGAGGAGAGGCCAAGCCAGUACAGCAAUAAGCCGGGGAAGACUACAAAUCUCAAUACUAUGAAAGCCAGAUGGGCUGACAAUAAAGGGAAGCCAAGACAUUUACAUGAGCCGUUUCAAUCACCAGGCUCUAAGGCCUCCUCUUCAAGCUCCUCAAAAGGUCCUGUUAGAAAAUAUUAUGAGGAAAAGCAAAAGCUUUUGGCAGAGGUACACAGUUCUGAAGGCAGUAACAGAAGAGCUGAGGUCAGACAUCUGCAGAGUGGCAAGAAAGCUGUUGUUUAUGAGGAUGGGCAUCCCUAUACUCGGCAGAAUGCAUCAGAGGGUUCAUCAUCCUCAACAAUUACAGAAGGAGGUCUCCCAGAAGAACCUGAUCUUGAAGUUUUAGACCCUUCUGUUUCUUCAGGGAUUUCUGCACAUACAGUUGAUUCCAUAGUCAGAAAUACUUCAUUGAGUACUAAGCCACGUAGGCAGAAGGAUAAAGAAGAAUUGAAUUCAGGCAGAUCUCAAGUUGCUUCCACUUUUGUUCGUCGGCGUACUGCACCUCAAAGUUCCACCAUUGGUGUCAAAUCAUCAAGCGGUGCUGGUACUGCCAGUACCGGACUGCAGAAAUGUGGCCUAAAAAACCUUGGUUGCACUUCAAUAUCAGAUGUUUUGCCUUCAGGUUGUUCUUCAUCUGAUUCUGUUCGUAAUAGGAGGGUCGAAGUUACGAAAAAGAGGCCUUCUGAUGGAGAAGGUUCGUCAAGAUCAAGAGGAAUGAGUGGACAAGCCAGUUUAGGUCAGCCACCUGCCAUUUAUCCCGGCAGUACUGGAAGUACUGAUCCUAGAGCUAGAGCUGCUGAACAAUCAGCUUCCCAACAAACAGCAAGGACCAGUAGCAGAAGUUUUCAGUAUUCUGCAGAUUCAGGAAGGACUAGGCGAUCUUCUACUCAGCCCGUCAGGGAGAGGAUGCCGGGUGAAAGAGAGGGUGGCAUAUUUGCUCUGCGUGAGACUGUUACAAGGGUUCGCCAUGUAGGAAGGGGACAUUUUUCCAUGGAUGAUGUUUCCCCACAGAGAUUAGCAAGACCUUUUCACGCGAAAUUGCCUCAUGCAAUUUAUUCAUCUAAUCGCCAAGGCUCAAGUAGUCAUACAACAAGUUCUCGUCCUGAGGGAAGCCCUCCACAAAUGUUCCAUGGUCUGCUUCCGAAGAGAGAUGGCUACAGGCGCAUAAACAUGGAAGGAAUUGCGGAGGUGUUGCUAGCUUUGGACAGGAUUGAACAAUAUGAUGAAUUGACUUAUGAGCAACUGCUGGUGCUGGAAACUAAUCUGCUCCUUAGUGGCCUUGGCUUGAAUGAUCAGCACCAAGAUAUGAGAUUGGAUAUUGACAAUAUGUCUUAUGAGGAACUACUAGCUUUAGAAGAGCAAAUUGGCUCAGUGAGUACUGCCCUUUCUGAAGAGCAAUUCGCCAAAUGUGUCAGCCGAAGUGUGUAUAAAGCAAGAAAUUCAGAGCGAGAAGUCAACAAGAUUGUAGUAGAUGAUGUGAAAUGCAGCAUAUGUCAGGAGGAGUACAUUGAGGGUGAAGAAAUUGGUAGGAUGCAAUGUGAGCAUCGGUACCAUGUGUCGUGCAUUCACGAAUGGCUCAGACAGAAGAACUGGUGUCCAAUAUGCAAAGCUUCAGCAAUACCCUCGGAGAUGGACUAGGGGAACACAUGAAUCUGGGUGGUUCAAACUCUAAAAUAGCAUGAAUUUAUCAUGAAACUGUUAGACAUUAUAGAUGCUGACCCAAUUCACUCCAAUAUGUGAAUAUUAUAGACUGUCUCUCUUGGAAACCCCUGUAAAUUUUUGUUAUUACAUCUCGUUCCCUUCAUCCUUGUGCAUAUGAACUCUGCCCGAUCGCUGUAUGGUCAGAAACUCACAAAUAAUCAAUUAAAAGCUGGUUCUCUUUUAUUGGAAUUGUAAUUAUAAUU